UCCACGUUUCCAUUUUAUAUUGUGAAUGAAGUGCUAGAACCUGUCGUGGCAUGCCAGCAAAGCAAAACAGCAAUUACGUGGUAUCAUAUCAUUGGAUUAAACAUUAUUAUAUAGCAAUGUAGAUCCACCGAUAGAAGAGAUACCACCUCACCUGAGCUCCACUUCAAAACAGAGAAAGAAAGAAAGAAAGAAAGCAAACGAAUUGAUUUCACAGAAACUAAGAUCAAAAUAUCAAUGAAGAUGAAGAACAAAGCCUUUUCAUUUCUAUUUCUAUUUCUUUCAGAAUUUUUGCUAGGAUUAGGAUCAGCUGCAGCAGAUGAUUCUUCAAAACUUGGAACAGUGAUUGGUGUUGAUCUCGGGACAACAUAUUCUUGUGUGGGCGUUUCUCGACACGGUCAUGUAGAGAUUAUAGCCAACGAUCAAGGCAACAGAAUAACUCCAUCAUGGGUGGCUUUCACUGACUCCGAGCGUUUGAUAGGGGAGGCUGCAAAGAAUCAAGCAGCUUUCAAUCCAGAAAACACAAUCUUUGAUAUUAAGCGCCUCAUUGGAAGAAAGUUUGAUGAUCCAGAGGUUCAGAGAGAUAUAAAAUUCUUGCCUUAUAAAGUGGUGAAUAAGGACGGUAAACCUUAUGUACAAGUGAAAGUGAAGGGGGAGAAUAAGGUUUUUAGCCCUGAGGAGAUCAGUGCUAUGGUGCUGGGGAAGAUGAAGGAGACAGCUGAGGCAUACUUGGGGAAGAAGAUUAAAGAUGCAGUGGUCACUGUUCCAGCUUAUUUCAAUGAUGCACAGAGGCAAGCAACUAAGGAUGCAGGCACCAUUGCUGGGCUCAAUGUAGUUAGAAUAAUCAACGAGCCUACGGCUGCGGCAAUAGCCUUUGGUCUAGACAAGAAAGGGGGAGAGAUGAACAUUUUGGUUUAUGAUCUUGGUGGUGGUACAUUUGAUGUUAGUAUAUUGACAAUUGAUAAUGGUGUUUUUGAGGUUCUUUCUACCAGUGGUGACACCCACUUGGGAGGAGAGGACUUUGACCGGAGAGUUAUGGAGUAUUUCAUUAAGUUGAUUAAAAAAAAGUACAACAAAGAUAUCAGCAAAGAUAAAAGGGCUAUUGGGAAACUUCGAAGAGAAUGUGAGAGAGCUAAGAGAGCACUGAGCAACCAGCACCAAAUUCGAGUUGAGAUUGAAUCGCUUUUUGAUGGUAUUGAUUUUUCAGAGCCAUUGACAAGGGCAAGAUUUGAAGAACUGAACAUGGACUUGUUUAAAAAGACAAUGGGGCCGGUGAAGAAGGCUUUGGAAGAUGCAGGUCUAAAGAAGUCUGAUAUCAAUGAGAUUGUGCUUGUGGGAGGAAGUACUAGAGUUCCUAAAGUUCAAGAAUUGUUGAAGGAUAUGUUUGAUGGAAAGGAGCCUAAUAAGGGCAUCAAUCCAGAUGAAGCUGUUGCCUUUGGUGCUGCAGUUCAAGGAGGAAUUCUAAGCGGUGAAGGCGGGGAAGAAACAAAGGGUCUUCUUUUGCUUGAUGUUAUUCCCCUGAGUCUUGGUAUUGAAACAGUUGGUGGAGUCAUGACAAAAUUGAUCCCAAGAAACACAGUCAUCCCAACUAAAAAGUCUCAAAUCUUCACCACUACUCAAGACCAGCAAACCACAGUUUCUGUUAAGGUCUACGAAGGUGAAAGAAGCUUGACGAAGGACUGUCGUGAGCUUGGAAGAUUUGAGCUAUCAGGAAUUCCACCAGCUCCAAGAGGAGUACCCCAGAUUGAGGUAACCUUUGAAGUUGAUGCCAAUGGCAUCCUACAUGUGAAGGCUGAAGACAAGGCAGCAAAGAAAUCCCAAUCUAUCACCAUCACCAACGAUAAAGGGCGUCUGAGCCAAGAAGAGAUCGAUAGGAUGAUAAAGGAGGCUGAGGAAAUGGCGGAGGAGGAUCAGAAGGUGAAGGAGAAGAUCAAUGCAAGGAACAAGUUGGAGACAUACAUUUACAACAUGAGGAGUACUGUUGGAGACAAAGAUAAGCUUGCUGAUAAGAUUGAUUCUGAUGAUAAGGAAAAGAUUGAGAACACAUUGAAGGAAGCUCUUGACUGGUUAGAUGAUAACCAAAAUGAAGAAAAGGAUGAUUAUGAAGAGAAGUUGAAGGAGGUGGAAGAAGUUUGUAAUCCAGUCAUAAAGCAAGUGUAUGAAAAGAGUGGUGGAAGCUCAACUGAUUCUAAAGAUGAAGAACAAUAUGACGAAUUGUAGAUAGAAGAGGAGCACAUGAGAACUACAAUUUUUUUUUUCAUAUUUUCUCCCUCUUUAUCUUUGUUGCUAGAGUUUGUUACUUCUUGUUGAUUGAAGUCAAUCCAUAAUUACACUGCCAUUUUCAGUA